UCCAGCUUAAAAGAAAAAGGCGUGACGACUUGUAGAAGGCGUGACGACUUGUAGAUACAUAUAGCAUACAUACAAUAUAGGCACAGAGUAUUUUCUUACAUAAAUAAGAAGUCGUUGGUUCACUUGGAAGAUGAACGGCGGCCCGUCUGGUUUCAACAAUGCGCCGGUGACAAGAACAGUAGUAAUAACAAGUGUUCUCUUCACCGUUCUCUUUGGGAUCCGAGGUCGCUCUGGUAAGCUUGGUUGGUCUUAUCAGGAUAUUUUCAAGCAACUACAAAUAUGGAAGUUGAUAGUGCCAGUUUUUGCCUUUUCAUCUACACCGGAACUUGUUGUCGGAAUUUAUCUGCUGUACUUCUUUCGUGUGUUCGAGAGGCAAAUAGGUUCUAACAAAUACUCUGUCUUUAUCAUCUUUUCCGCCAUAGUCUCUUUACUGCUUGAAGUUCUUGUACUAAGACUACAUAGAGAUCCUUCUAUGAAGAUAAUGACGUCUGGACCCUAUGGUCUUAUAUUUUCAUCGUUUGUACCCUUCUAUUUUGACAUUCCAGUUUCAACACGAUUUCGUGUGCUUGGGUUUCAGUUCUCGAACAAGACUUUUACUUAUUUAGCCGGUCUUCAGCUUCUUUUGUCAUCCUGGAAAAGAUCUAUGUUACCAGGGAUCUGUGGUAUACUUGCAGGUUUACUGUACCGCUUAAACAUCUUUCAUAUCCGCCGGCUGAAGUUCCCAAACUUCAUUGCUUCAUUCUUCUCACGGCUGUCUUGGCCUUCCAUGGGGAGUGCAUCACCAACAGGACGGGGUAGGAAUGUUGUGGGAAAUGCUCCAACAUAUGCAGGUCUACAAGUGGAGGGAACCUAUCCUGCUCGAUCGUCAUCCACAGUCAACCCGCCUGAGGACUCAAUUGCCACACUGGUUUCAAUGGGUUUCGACAGAAACUUGGCGAGACAAGCUCUCAUUCACGCCAGAAACGAUAUUAAUGCUGCUACUAACAUUCUGCUCGAGUCACAGACGCACUGAGGGGGUCGUAAAUUUGCUUUGGGGAAUGAAACCUGGACUCAAAUUGGUUGAGGUAGUCAGCAAUCAGGCAUCGAUUGUUGCUCCAGUCGGAAUUUCUGUGCUCCAGAAAUCAUCAAGGCCCUCUGUAUUUUUGUUCCCUUAUGUCACAAUUAUCAAGUGAAGGCAGUAAAAAAAGUAUUUGUAAGUUUACUAUUUUAAAAGUUUAGAAAUCUGGGAUUGUGUAAACCGUGGAUGCCCUUUUCCUGAGGUAUUUAGAUGUGGAUAAUUCUUUCAAAUGCACCAACUGCUAAUUUUGGAAUUU